GAGGAAAUGACGCAGCUACUAGUGGCGGGAAAUAACUACGCUACUGCAGUCUUUUUCCCCUCUACUCUCGUGCUGCUGAAUUUUAUUCUCGCAUUAUUAUUACGGCAACAUUCAGUUCAGUCACUUGUGUGUUUUUGAGGACAUGGAAAAGACACUCGUUGUAUAUCAGUAGAACCAUUGAGGUGGUUUGCUGCUUUCAUCUAACCUUCAACCCGGUGUUUUGAAGCCUUUUUGCUGCCUCGCGUGUUACGUCGUUCUGGAAAAAGCCAUGAGUUUGUUCAACCUUGAAAGGUUCCGUUUUCAGAAAGAGAAGGUUGUUGAAAAUGUCGCAUCUGCAGUCGGUUCACCCAAACAAGAGCAGCGCAGACUGGGGAGUAAGUGCAGCUCGGAUAAGGAGAAUUAUCCGGAACGCCAAGUGAAACCGGAUGGCAGACGAGGAAGAGGAAAAAUCCCACGCCAUGCACUGGAGGAUGUUUCCUCUGACGAUGAGGCCUGUAUGAAGGCGAGGGGUCCUACAACACAGUCAACUCUAAAUAAUAGCAAAGAGUGUGAAAAGCACACAAAUCCUGAGAUGGAGGAUAAGAUGGCCACGCUCCUGGAAAUGUUCCCUCAGAGGAGCAGAAGUGAAUUGCUAGAGGUGAUUGAGAAUACCAGCACGCUAGAGGGAGCUGUGGCACAUUGUUUGUUCUGCUUCAAAGAUAAAGAUUUAUCCAAGACAAAAGGUGUCGCAGUGCACAGCGAUGAUGCUGAGAUGCAGCCAAAGAAGCGGCGGAAGAUGGUGGAACCAGAUUCUGAAGAGUCAGAGUCUGAAGAGGAGAACGAUGAGCCAAGCAAAGAAAAGGAAGAUGCUUUGGUUCACAAGCUAAAAAGGAAAUUUCCAGAAAUGGACAAAGUGGUAUUAAGAGAUGUUCUGAAAGAGCACGAGUGGGAUUUUGAAAAUGCCUUGGGCUCAUUAUAUAUGUUUUCAUCAGAAUCUGACUCUAGCCCAAUAGAGAAUGAAAAAAAGAUUUCAAGUAAUUCAAAGCUAUCAAACAGCAGCCAAGUGAGCAGUAAAGAUAAGCAAAAGCCAAAUUCUUCUAGUCUUACAAGAUGGCUAUCAGCUGUGUCUAGUGAAUCUCCUUCAAAACCACGGUCCUCCUCCAAUAGAUCAAACUUGAGAGGAAGCAAAACAGCCAGUCAUAAGCCUGAAAGAGCAAAAACCGAAAAGUUAAAACCGGAACAAAAUGAAGACUUCGAUGACUCAGAACCGGACACUGAUGCCGAGGAUGUUUCCGACGAAUUUGACAUGGAGGAUGAAUAUGAUUGCUUUGAUCCUGCAGUUCAGGAGCAGAUCAUACAGUUUAUCCAGGAGGCUUCGUUGGAUGAACUGACUUUGAUAGCUGGCUGCUCAUUGAAAAAAGCCCAGAAGAUUAUUUCACUGAGACCAUUUAACACAUGGAAAGAUGUGAAUGAGCAGUUCUUUAAGGGAAAUGGCUUGUCUAUGGAUUUGGUGCAUGGCUGUAAGAAAGUCCUGAGGGAAAGGCAAGUACUGAAGCAGCUCAUGAACAAGUGUGAGCGCAUAGCCAGGAAGAUGACUACAGAUGUAACCCAGGUCAUAGAAAAAGGCAUGGGCUCCAUGAAACAGCCAACCACCCUCAACAGCAAGUUAAAACUACAGCCAUAUCAGCUGAUAGGAUUGAAGUGGCUUAUUCUCUUACACCAGCAUAAUCUCGGUGGGAUCCUAGCUGAUGAGAUGGGCUUAGGGAAGACAAUUCAGGCAAUUUCUUUUUUGGCUCAUCUUUAUCAGAAGGGGAUUAAAGGCCCUCACCUCAUCACUGUACCCUCUUCCACACUGGAUAAUUGGGUAAGGGAGCUGGAGCUGUGGUGUCCCAGCCUAAAGGUCCUUGUUUAUUAUGGCUCUGUAGAGGACCGUAAAUACCUCCGCCAGGAUAUUCUCAACAACCAAGUGAAAUUCAAUGUUAUUGUGUCUACAUAUAACCUAACAAUAGGCAAUGAGAGUGACCGCAGUCUUUUCCGCAAGUUGAAAUUGAAGUGUGCCGUGUUUGAUGAGGGUCACAUGUUGAAGAACAUGAACUCGCUACGCUACCGCCAUCUUAUGGCCAUUAAUACUGAAAAGAGAUUGUUGCUUACUGGAACACCUUUACAAAACAACCUAUUGGAACUCAUAUCUCUGCUCAACUUUAUUAUGCCCUCCAUGUUCUCCAGCAGUACUUCACAGAUUUCCAAGAUGUUCUCCACGAAAUCAUCAGAAGAGGAAAGUUCUUUCCAUAAAGAGAGAAUUGCACAAGCCAGGCUCAUCAUGAAGCCCUUCAUCUUGAGACGUGUCAAGAGUGAGGUGCUGAAAGAACUACCACCCAAGGUGGAGAAGAUCAAUAUGUGUCCCAUGAGUGAGGCUCAGCAGAAGCUCUAUCAUUCUCUCUUCAGUAGGCUCAAGAACACCGUUAAUGGAGAGAAGCGAGAGCUCAGUAAUGUGAUGAUGCAGCUAAGAAAAAUGGCCAAUCAUCCCCUGUUGCACCGGCAGUACUAUACAACCGAGAAGCUUGCAGCAAUGAGCCGAGCUAUGCUGAAGGAGCCAACACAUUUUGAUGCGGACCCUGCACUGAUCCAGGAAGACAUGGCAGUAAUGUCAGACUUUGAGCUCCAUAACCUUUGUAAAGAAUACACCUCCAUCUCCAGGUUUCAACUAGAAAAAGAGCUUCUCCUGGAUUCUGGGAAGUUUUUCCUGCUUACCAAGUUAUUAGCUGAGCUCAAAGAGAAGGGUGACCGAGCAGUGCUCUUUAGCCAGUUCACCAUGAUGCUGGACAUUGUGGAGGUUCUGCUGAAACACCUUGGUUAUCAGUAUGUUCGGUUGGAUGGCUCCACGCCUAUGGCAGAUAGAAUUGGCCUCAUAGAUAAAUACAACACAGACCCUGAAAUGUUCAUCUUCCUUCUGUCAACUCGCGCUGGUGGCCAGGGGAUCAACCUCGCCUCUGCUAAUGUAGUGAUUCUUCAUGAUAUUGACUGCAAUCCUUUUAAUGAUAAACAAGCAGAGGAUCGAUGCCAUAGAAUGGGACAGAGCAGGACUGUGCGGGUUAUAAAAUUGAUUAGUAAAGAUUCCAUAGAGGUCUGCAUGCUUCGUGUAGGGCAGGAGAAACUCAAACUCGAGCAAGACAUGACUACUGAUGAAGGUGAAGAGGGAUCAAUGUCUGAGGCUGUAGCUGAGCUGUUAAAAGUAUCACUGGGGCUUUGACAUUAAAAUGCUUAGUAUAGAUGCAUGCAGGUUAGCCCUAUAAAUACACUUUCUCUUAUGAAUGUGUUACCAUGCACUUGCUAGUCAUAUGUGUCUGUAUAUGUAACCAAAAGCCAUUGUCAUUUCUUGUCCGACUGAAAAAACCUUGUCAGAUCAUAUUUUACCGAUAGUGUUUUUGUACGGUUCUGUUUCAUGUCCUCAUUUUGGCUCAGGUUGAAAGUAUAGCACUGCCUAAAUGUACCAUUUAGUUAUUUCUUGUUUUGUGUUCCAAACUGCCCUAUACUUUUUUUUGUUGUAUUAUGUAUUGUUGUACAUGUUCCUGUCAAAUAAAGACAAUUUUUAUAGUCUA